ACCCGCCCGCCGCGCUCCGAGCUCGCAUUUUGUGUCACGGUGCCACCGGGAGAGGGGCGACAGACCGCCGCGCGUCAGGGGGACACCAGCCGCCAUCCGCUCGCUUCAGACCGCAUCCCGCCGCAGGGCAAUGACAUUGGCAGACUGAAGCAGGAAUAACGACGAGAAAACGCAAAAAUGACGGUGGACUUUGAAGAAUGUAUAAAAGAUUCGCCCCGAUUCAGGGCCGGCAUUGAUGAUGUGGAGACAGAUGUGGUAGAAAUCGAAGCGAAGCUCGAUAAGCUUGUGAAGCUGUGCAGUGGGAUGAUUGAGGCGGGCCGGGCCUACGUCAGCGCCAACAAGCUCUUCGUUAACGGCAUCAAAGACCUGUCCCACCAAUGCAAGAAAGAGGAGAUGAUAUCGGAAUGCCUUGAAAAGUGUGGAGAAAGCCUCCAGGAGAUUGUCAACUACCAAACAAUUUUGUUUGACCAGGCCCAGAGAUCCAUCAAACAGCAGCUGCACACCUUCAUUAAAGAGGACGUCCGUAAGUUCAAGGACACCAAGAAGCAGUUCGACCGGGUGCGCGAGGACAUGGAGCUGGCUCAGGUGAAAAACGCACAGGCGCCCAGGAACAAAGUGCACGAGGCCGAGGAGGCAACGCAGGCCCUCAUCCUCAGCCGUAAAGCCUUCAGACAUCUGGCUCUGGAUUAUGUGCUUCAGAUAAAUGUGCUUCAGGCCAAGAAGAAGUUUGAAAUCCUGGAUGCAAUGCUGUCCUUCAUGCGAGCCCAGUACACUUUAUUCCAACAAGGCUUUAACAUCUUGGAUGAAAUUGACCCCUACAUGAAGAAACUGGCUGCACAGCUGGAUCAGCUGGUCAUCGACUCGGCCAUGGAGAAGCGGGAGCUGGAGCACAAACACGCCCUCAUCCAGCAGAGAACUCUGAUGCAGGACUUUUCUUAUGAUGACCCAAAGUUGGAAUUCAAUGUGGACGCACCGAAUGGUGUGGUCAUGGAGGGCUACCUUUUCAAGAGAGCCAGCAAUGCUUUCAAGACCUGGAACAGACGAUGGUUUUCUAUACAGAACAGCCAGCUGGUCUACCAGAAGAAGCUGAAGGAUUCACUGACAGUGGUGGUUGAGGAUCUGAGGUUGUGCUCUGUCAAACCAUGUGAAGAUAAUGAGAGGAGGUUCUGUUUCGAGGUGGUUUCACCCACGAAGAGCUGUAUGCUGCAGGCUGAGUCCGAAAAGCUGCGGCAGGCUUGGAUCCAGGCAGUCCAGGCAAGCAUCGCUUCUGCCUACAAAGACAUCACUGACCACUAUUACAUUGAGCGUUUGGACCGAACAGCCUCGCCCUCCACCAGUAGCAUCGACUCUGCCAGUGAACCCAGAGAGAGGGGAGAGAGGUCCGAUAAGGGGGUUCGGGGCGGAGGAGAGAGCCUCCUGCAGAGGGUGCAGAGCCUGCCGGGCAACGAGCUGUGCAGCGACUGCGGCCAGGCGGCUCCCUGCUGGGCUUCCAUUAACCUGGGAGUUCUGCUCUGCAUCGAGUGUUCAGGGAUCCACAGGAGUUUAGGCGUACAUUUCUCUAAAGUGCGUUCACUGACACUAGACUCAUGGGAGCCAGAACUACUUAAGCUGAUGUGUGAAUUGGGGAACACUGUGAUCAACCACAUUUAUGAGGGAGGCUGUGAAGAGCUCGGUGCAAAAAAACCCGGACCCUCCAGUUCAAGACAAGAAAAAGAGGCCUGGAUCAAGUCUAAGUACGUGGAGAAACGCUUCCUGAAGAAGAUGAGUGGCAGCGAGGCGUUGGCCGAGGGCGAACGGAAGUCCCGUCCCUGGACAGUGAAGAAGUGCCAGCGGCACAGCAGUUCUGUGCGUGCGCCCAAUAAGGUCCGCAGGAAAUACCACCGCUACGAGCCUGGCAGCGCCUCACCUGCUAACCUCUCAGCAGCCGCCGCAGCAAAGUUUCGCCGGGACUCCCUGUUCUGUCCAGAUGAGCUGGACUCAUUGUUUUCCUACUUUGACACUGGCUCUGGUCCUCGCAGUAAGUCCGCCACACAGUUAGGUCGUGCAGGUCUGAGCAGUGACAGUGGGCUGGGAGGAAGCACGGACGGCAGCACGGACAUCCUGGUGUUUGGUGGCUCAGUGGUGGACAGUGUAACGGAGGAAGAGGAGGAGUCUGAGGAAUCCUCCAGCGGUGAGGUGGAGAUCGAACAGGAAGUGUCCUCAGACCCUGAAGAUCCCAGAGAGCUCCACCCUGGGGCGCUCCUCCACCGAUCGUCCCGUCUCCAUAAUCUGCCACUAAUGGCGGAGGCGCUGGCGCACGGCGCCGACGUGCACUCUGCAAGUGAGGAGGAGGAGGGGAAAACGCCGCUCAUUCAGGCUGUUGCUGGGGGAUCUUUGAUAGCCUGCGAGUUCCUGCUGCAGAACGGAGCCGACGUCAACCAGAGGGACAUGAGAGGAAGAGGCCCGCUGCAUCACGCCACCUACCUGGGCCACACCGGGCAGGUGUGUUUGUUUCUGAAGAGGGGAGCGUCGCAGACCGAGGUGGAUGAGCAGGGUCACGACCCUCUGAGCAUCGCUGUCCAGGCUGCCAACGCCGACAUCGUCACCCUGUUGCGUCUCGCUCGGAUGAAUGAGGAGAUGCGAGAAGCAGAGGCUCCGCUGGGCCAGCCAGGGGUUGCCACGAGCAGCAGGAGGGUUAAACCCAAGGAGGGUCGGGAUAGAGUGACUUCUCCUGUGCUGAUGUCUUUCACGAGUUUUCUGUCCUCGCGUCUCUCCAGCCCGAAAAGCUGAGGAGAAGGAGCAUGCAGUUCAGCCGCUGCAGGACGCCACUGUGACCGUCCCUAACCUCCAGAUCAUCGAGCCACUCCUCAUUUUGAAGAAAGGCCGUUUAAAAAGACAUUGAGAUGCUGUGGAGUUUGUGUUGCAGGCGUAUUGACACGAUCCAAAACCCUGCAGGCACUUGACAAAGCUAUUUUCUAAUUAACUAGUAAUUGUUUUUCAUCACUCUUGCAGGUGUGUUUGUUCACAGGCACUCUCAUUUCUAAGUGUUUAUUAGCACCAGAACAAGCUGUCAAAUUGGGGAACGUGUCAAUCAUUUGAUGUGAUACCAGUUGGAUCAGUGGCACAGUUGUUAUAGCAUGUCAAAAAAUGCACUCACGUAAAUUGGCUGAUGCUAAAAGAGUCUAUGAAGCUGAGUCAGAAACCAGACGUUUUCCAGCAGAGGAGUGAUGUGAUUCCCAUCACACUGGAUCCCACAUCUAUCAAAACUUUGUGUGUAAUCUCCAGGAUGGACACCUACGCAACCUUCUUAUUAGAUUUUUUUUUUUUUUUUUUUUUUAUAAGAUAUGUAUAAAUGUUUCCACAUAAUUUUCUUGUCUUGACCUUUGCUUUUUUUUGUUCAUGACUUUAUUUGUCAUCUUAUCAAAUAAUUUAAGGACUUUUUUUGCAGCUGGUGCAGUAAUAAGGCGCCGCAAUUUAAUCUAUAUCGCACCAUUAAAGCGGACCUAUUAUGAUAUUUUUCAGUCACGUCAUAUAGGCCACAGAAGCCCAAAAACAUAGUAUAUAAGUUUGUUUGCCCCAAAUUCAUCCUAUGUUCGGAGUUUGAGCGGUCUAAAAAGUGGCUCUGAGGAGCCCUCCUCCGAACAGCCUGAUUUUCACCGCCUACUUUCCGGGAUGCACUUGGACGCAACUGGCCACGCCCACUCUCUCACACACGGUGGGGGCACAGUCAGAGGCACGUCCCCUCCACCGUUUCAGUUUAAGUUUCAGUUUCAUUUUCAAAAAUGUGGUGUAGUGAGACAAGGAGGAAAAAGACAAUUUUCAAAUUUGAACGUCUUAAUGCGGCUAAGGCAUCACAUACUAAUAUAACCACCUAUCCGGCGGCCCCCCAGAGGCUCAAUCCUCUUCCGGGGGGGCGGGCGUUCCUCUUGUUGACGUAGACAAAAGUAAGAUUUCAGAAUUGCGUGUUUGAGUGUAUAUUUCCUUAAAAGUGGAGUGCGCAAUUGAGGGAGGUGACGGAAUUUUUCACUUCUGGGGGAUCAAACAGAGGCUCUGGGAGGUAGUAUGACUGUAAAGACACCUUUUUAAAGUGAAUUUUACAUGAUAUGACUCCUUUGAGACAAAAGGCAAUUUGCAUUCAAACAAAAUGAUUAAGAAUCUUAAUCUGAAGCGAUUAAGAUUAUGAGAGGCAUAAAAAGGAGGAUACAUAAAGUAAAAAAAAAAGUCUCAGUGAGACAUCUUUAUUAAAAUUAUUAAAAUCUAUAGUUUAAUGUAAAGUCUGAGCAAAUAGUAGUGUUUUAAGUCCUGUUAUAAAGGAAGACAGUAAAGCCUGUCAACGGUCCUCAAGUGUUCAGGGAGCUUGUCCCACAGAUGAGAAGUGUAGGAACCACUGACACUGUCAAUGGCAGGAAAUGCUGCUUCAUCUUGUUUGCCUCUGACUCUGGGAACACUGAGUAGAUCUCUUCCUGAGGACCUCGGGAAUGUGAAUGUUUCAUAUUCUAAGUAAGUAAUGAGAUGUACUUUAGUUAGGCCUGAGACCAUUAAAGCUUUCUGGACAAGAAGAAAGAAUUUGCUGUUGACCUUUUGCUACACGAGCAGUCAGUUCAGAGAUUGAUGUGCUCCGCCCUCUUUGUGUUGGUGAAGAAUCUGGAUGAACUGCAGCUGUCUAACAAUUAUUUUUACUGAUACCUGCAAACAAGCUGUUACAAUAAAAGCAUGAACAAGU